UGAUGGACGGUGUUGAAGUUGACUUGGGGAGUUUGUCUUGUGCAGACGUGAGACCCAUAUUUCAAGAAGAAACAAAACAAGAACUAGAAGAACGUAUUCGACGUUCUGUAGAGUUUCUUGUUCAUGGCCUUUUCACUUUACCUGAACAAAGCUCGGAGCGGAAGAGUCAAAGGGAGUUACCCGAACCAUUUUCAGUAAUUCCACGUGCCAAGCCGAUCCCUAAAGAAAAGCCUCUGACAAAGUGGGAACAGUUUGCAAAGAUUCGAGGAAUACGAAAGAGGAAGAGAGAUAAAUUUGCCUGGGAUGAGGGUCGUGCAGAAUUUCGUCCGAUUCACGGUUACCGCAGCAUCAAUGAUGGAAGUAAUCAGGUGAUAUUGCCUCAUGACCCUUCGUUGGAACCUGGAGAGUCUCCAUUUGAUCUAUUAAAGGAAGGUAAAAGGAAAAGAAUCGCAUCUAAUCGUAAGAAUCAGGAACGCAACAAGAGAAGUUUGUCCAAAAAUCAACUGCCUACACACGCGUUAAGAGCAGAUAAACGUAGUUCCAAGAGUUUAGAAAGGUCGGCCAAAAUUGUAUCCAUUUCCAACCGGUCACUCGGGAAACAUGAGGAGGGAAAGAAAUCAAAGCAGAAACUUUCCUCUACAAAAAGAUCCCUGAAAAAAAGUAUCAUUCCAAAUGGUGUUGAACGAGAAAGAACUUUCCAAGCAGUGAAUGAUGUUCUUAAAAACUUUUAAGUAUUUUGCAUUGUUAAUGGCAUUA